AUGUCAAAAUCGAAGAAGCAAUCCUCAAAACAUAAAUCCUGCUUGAAUCAACAGGCUCGUGCUCAAAGAAAGGACGAUGUAGCGAAAGAUCAGAAGAGACACAAGAUGAGUAGGAGGGAAAGGAAUUCACUGCCCGUCGCCGAAGAAGUGAGCGAGAAAGUCGAGCAACUCACCGAUAUAAUGUUGCACAAGUCAGCGAAGUAUGGUCUGAUCAGCUUUGUGGAAGAAACAUCGAAGCAGCUCACCCGGGACGGACGCGCGUUUAUUCGCCUCCUCGACUCUUUUGGAUGCUUCACUAACAAGGAGAUCGCAUCGGCGCUUGGUACGAAUGCGCCCGCAGUCCAGCGUACUUUGGAGAACAGAUACGGAAAGGUUGAUGACGACUUCGACGAAGACGAGGAUACCUAUGUCAAUUCAUUGGUGCCCGUUCAGGUUUCAGAGCCAGAAAAGAACGAAUCGACGUCUAAAAAGAAGACGGAAUGCGAACCUUGCUGCCAGGAAGAAGUCAAAAGAGAGUCUCACAGUGAUGACGACCAGGUCUCCAACUCUGCCUCCACCGACAACUUCAAUAUCUUCACAUCGACCAGGGCCAAAAAGGUAGCAGCUUACUCUGAAAGAGACGAUGACUCUGAGGGAUAUGACCCAAAAAACGAUUCGGAUAUGAACUCGGAUAGCUCUGUAGAGGACGAGCGUCAUCAGAAAAUCCAAACACAAUGUAUCAAUAUCUUGUGGCAAGGCGAAGGACGCCAGGUCGACCAAAAGCAGACAGGAGUUGGUUGUCGUCUGAAAAUUGAAUUCGAGAUGCGAAGCACCGUGGGCAAACCCCCUCCGUCUCCUGUAUCUGUCAGAGGCACCCCUCCCCCCAAGACCAAGAAGCGCAAGUCGCAGGAGAUGCUCUCCAUUCCCCGCUACGCUCAAUCAAAGGUAUCCAAUCACAGAAACUUCGCCGACGACGACAUACGAGUUAAAGCCUUUUUCGUAUCGCGUGGCUACGACUCGGACCCGGUAGUGGAGGAUCUAAUUGCAGCUGGAUUAGGGCCGAAGGAAUUGCAGGUCCUGCGAGAGAAGACUAGGAAGGCAGUUGUCAAACAGCUUCGGAGAUGGGGGAACCUUCUUCCCAUCAAAGCUGACGCCUUAGCACAAGCAAUCGAAUCGGCGAGCUCAAAAGACUGGAAAAAGUUAGCUGGGUAG